UCACCCCAUUUUCACCUUCACCCCCGGCUGGGUUGAUCCUUGCAGGCAAUUAAUUGACAACUGCAAGUCCAUUCGUUCAUUGCAUCUAUCGCGAGCAAAGCACCAAUACUUCUGUCUCUACUAUGACCUCUGUCUAACAAACACCAUCACCGACCCAACAUCACCCGCCCAACCUACACUCACAACAUCACCCUCUACCAGACACACACAUACACAUCACAGCCAGAUAGAAGCAUAACAAAACCAAAAUGGUCAACUGGCUCACCCUCGCCGUCCCCUUCGCCUACCUCGGCGUCCUCCUCGGCUCCCUCGCAACCUUCUCCUCCCUCUACCGCAAGCGCAAAGCCCGCAAGUCCCUCUCCCUGGAACCCUGGUUCCCCCCACACACGCAACGCGACAUCUACUUCUCCCUCCUACACCUCGACCCAUCCGCCAGCAAUGACAACAAAGGCACCGGCAAGAAACCGCCCUCCUCCGUGCCCGACAGCGUCCUGAAAUCCGCUCUCCUGCGUCGCGCCAUCGAAGACAUUAAACGCGUCAUGGCCCUGCGCACGCAGAAGGGCGCCCUCGCAAUGCUCCUCCAGCGCGGUAGUGUCGGGGAUGAUCUGUGGCAGAGGUUUCUGCGUGCCGAGAAAGAAAUGGAGGAUGAGGUUAGGGAUGUUGUUGCUGAGGCAAACGCCUACGUCCCCGGCUGGGGCCAAACGAUCUUCCAAUCCGCUAAUGAAAUGCUGAACAAUGCUAUUUUCCGUGAACGGAUGGAGAAGCAGCAGGCUAAGUUGGAGGAGGAGAAGCAGUGGUGGGAGAAGAGGAAGGAGGGGUACAUGAAGGAGUUGGAUGUGGAGGCGGAGAAGAAGGAGGAGGUGGAGGCGGGUGAGAAGAAGGCUGCUGCUGCUCCGGCGGCCGCGUCGACGACUACUAGUGAGGAAGGAUCUGGUGUUCCUACGCCUGCUACCAAGACGCCCGAGUCGUCUGGUGCGCCGCCUUCGGUGGCGGGGAGUGAUGAUGAUGCGGUGUUGGUGGAGGCGGAUGAGCAGAGUGCUGAGAAGAAGGGGAAGAAAUAGAUUUGACUCAUUUUGCUGGGUUUACGUUAAGUUAUAUGGGCUCGGUGUAUUAUGAUCAAUAUAUAUCCUUCUCUAUUUUCGUCGUUGAUGAUAUCAGAUUGAGUGGCUGUAGCUGUUGAGUACCGAGUGUAUGUAGUGUGCAAUUCAGGUGGGA